AACUGAUUCAGUACAUAACCGUAUCAAUAUGGAUAGGAUGGGCGUCGUGCCAGGACGCGUAGGCGAGCUCAAGUUUUGCAUAAUGAUAUUAACCUAGCCCAUAGCAGCAAAAUAUCCUGCUGGACAAAGGACAACAAGUUGAUUUCACUAGGAAAAACGGUUCAACAAUGGCAGCAGAAUCAGCUCAACCUAAAGAACAAAUUGUUGAUCCUUGGACAGCUAAAGCAGGAGAAGGGGAAAAGAAGAUCAACUAUGACAAGCUCAUUGUUCAGUUUGGAAGUGAGAGAAUUGACGAAUCCCUUCUACAAAGGAUCGAGACUCUAUCAAAGAAACCAGCCCACCACUUUCUCCGCCGAGGAAUUUUCUUUUCUCACAGGGAUGUUUCUGAUAUCUUGAAUGCAUAUGAGCAAAAUAAGCCAUUUUUUCUAUACACUGGGCGUGGUCCUUCAUCGGAGUCUAUGUAUCUUGGGCAUCUUAUUCCAUUCCUUUUUACCAAGUAAGGAAAUAUGAAAGUGUGUGU